CCCGUGUGCGUGGCUGGAGCUGGCUUUCUGCUCAGCCGCAGGUGUGGAGCCGUGGCUGGCGAGGGAGGGAGGCCGAGGGCCAGGACAAGCCAAGCCUGACCCUGCAGUGAGCCGUGCUCAGCUGCCCUCGUGCCUGGAGGAGGCUAGCCUUCACCCUGGCCAGUAGCCCUGGGUCCUCCUGUGGGCUCCAUGUGUCUCCAGGUCAGUUUCAGCCCGCGACUGUGUCUGCCCACUUCCCAGCUCCCUGGGCCGAGCAGCAGCACCAGGUGCUGGGCAGCCACCCACUCACGGGUCGACUGCCCUGGGAGGGGGCAGCAGCACAGCGCGUCCUUCCCCGCGAGCUCCUACCGAGGCGGUCAGUGCAGGGCUGUGCGGCGCUUAGUGCUCGUCCAGCACCGGCCGAGCGCACUCUGCGUCUGACUCCUAACCUCAGAGAGCCCGUGGGGACUCUGGGGGGCUGGAUCCCACGGCUGCAAAGGGCAGAGCUGGGACUGGGAGCGACAGGCUGGCCCCGGUGUCUGCUCUACAGCCCCGAGGUGCCUGGGGUCCGGGGGGCUGAUGUUCCAGGAGGUUCCGGAAGGCCCUGGCAGGUGGCGGCAUUGGGGCAGAAAGGCCUGGAGGCGGCGAGGGUGCGAGCUUGUUCCUGCAGCGAGGGAGGGCGAGGGCCAGUGCAACCGCAGCAGCCCAGGAGGGAGAUUGGUCACUGGUCAUGUUGGGCCCCAUCGGCCAGAGGGGGGACGGUGCUUUUAUGUGAGCGAUGGAGCCACUGGAGGGUCUGGAGUGGGUGAGGGACUUGCUUUGGCCUGGCUUGGUUUGACAGGGCCAGUGCCGCUGGGGAGGGCUCCACCUGUGGGGAGGGCAGACCCCGGGCGCUGUCACCGCGGUCCCGGCGGGAGGCGGCCAUGCUGGGCCGAGUUCAGGGUUGCUGACCUCCCAGUGGGCAUGGGGCUGCGAGGUGGUGAGGAUGACCAGCUUGGUGCCAGGGUUUCUGUCUGGCGGUGAAGACGCAUCAGCACCAGCCGACAUGGCUGCCGUCUCCACUGAGCCACUGGCCUGAGGCCAUAGCUACCUGCUGACCUGGUCACUGGUUACAGGCCUGGUGAGAGGCGCCCCCUCACCUUGAGUGGGCGGAGAGGGGCCGGGCUCCCCAGAGGACAGGCGGGGCGCCUAGUGGGUCUUCCGGGAUGUUCCUCGAAUGAGCCGGCAGCGGGGCAGGCUGGCUUGGAGGGCGAGAGGGCUCAUUGGCGCCCUGUUCGCCUGGGGCUGCAGCAGGGAGGGGAGUCAGGGUGCUCGUCAGCGUCUCCCAGCCAGCGCUCUGGGAAGGGCCCCCCCGCCCCCCACUUGUGGCCUGUGCUGCCAGCGACCGGGGUCAUAACAGUGGCUGGUUCCAGUGGCUGAUAGCGGAACCUCCUAAGGCCAUCUGGCCCCUCCCGUGGCGAGUGCUGUCUCCGAAUGUGGUGACAAGUUCACACAGAAGGUGCAGGGACACAGGAAAAGCGGCGUGUAGCAGAGCACACAGACGCCGCUGGAGGUCAGGUUCCGCGGGCAGCCCCCAGGCUGCCUGUGUCCUUCAGGUGCUGCCUGGUCGGGCCUGGACAUGGGAUGCCACGCCUCCGCGGGGAGCACAGAGGAAGCCAGGGCCCCCCCGAGCCGCUGCUGUGACGGCCAGUGAGCGUGCGCCGGAGGAUGUCCACCACGGCGACGGUCGCCCCCGCGGGCAUCCCGGUGGCCCCGGGCCCCGUGAACCCGCCCCCGCCGGAGGUCGCCAACCCUGCCAAGCCCGGCCGCAAGACCAACCAGCUGCAGUACAUGCAGAACGUGGUGGUGAAGACGCUGUGGAAACACCAGUUCGCCUGGCCCUUCUACCAGCCCGUGGACGCCAUCAAGCUGAACCUGCCCGAUUAUCAUAAAAUAAUAAAAAACCCAAUGGACAUGGGGACUAUUAAGAAGAGACUAGAAAAUAGUUAUUAUUGGAGUGCAAGUGAAUGUAUGCAGGACUUCAACACCAUGUUUACAAAUUGUUACAUUUAUAACAAGCCCACAGAUGACAUAGUGCUAAUGGCCCAAGCCUUAGAGAAAAUUUUUCUGCAGAAAGUGGCCCAGAUGCCCCAGGAGGAAGUUGAAUUGUUACCCCCUGCUCCGAAGGGCAAAGGCCGGAAACCGGCUGCGGGGACCCAGAGUGCAGGUACGCAGCAGGUGGCGGCCGUGUCCUCUGUCUCCCCAGCGACCCCCUUUCAGAACGUGCCCCCCGCAGUCGCCCAGACGCCCGUCAUCGCUGCCACCCCUGUGCCAACCAUCACCGCAAACGUCACAUCAGUCCCUGUGCCCCCGGCCACCGCCCCUCCGCCUCCCGCGACACCCAUCAUCCCCGUGGUCCCGCCCACGCCGCCCGUCGUCAAGAAAAAGGGCGUGAAGCGGAAAGCGGACACCACCACGCCCACGACGUCCGCCAUCACCGCGAGCCGGAGCGAGUCGCCGCCGCCGCUGUCGGACCCCAAGCAGGCCAAGGUGGUGGCGCGGCGCGAGAGCGGGGGCCGGCCCAUCAAGCCGCCCAAGAAGGACCUGGAGGACGGCGAGGUGCCCCAGCACGCGGGCAAGAAGGGCAAGCUGUCGGAGCACCUGCGGCACUGCGAGAGCAUCCUCAAGGAGAUGCUGUCCAAGAAGCACGCGGCCUACGCCUGGCCCUUCUACAAGCCGGUGGACGCCGAGGCCCUGGAGCUGCACGACUACCACGACAUUAUCAAGCACCCGAUGGACCUCAGCACCGUCAAGAAGAAGAUGGACAGCCGCGAGUACCCAGACGCGCAGGGCUUUGCGGCCGACAUCCGGCUAAUGUUCUCCAACUGUUACAAGUACAACCCGCCGGACCACGAGGUGGUGGCCAUGGCUCGGAAGCUGCAGGACGUGUUUGAGAUGCGGUUUGCCAAGAUGCCGGACGAGCCGGCUGAGGUGCCCGCGCUGGCCGCCCCUGCAGCCCCGGCGUCCGGCAAGGGCACCGAGAGCAGCCGCAGCAGCGAGGAGAGCUCCUCGGAGUCGGGCAGCUCGGACUCGGAGGAGGAGCGGGCCACCAGGCUGGCGGAGCUGCAGGAGCAGCUGAAGGCCGUGCACGAGCAGCUGGCGGCCCUGUCUCAGGCCCCAGUGAACAAGCCAAAGAGGAAGAAGGAGAGGAAGGACAAGGAGAAGAGGAGGAAGGACAAGGACAAGGACAAGGACAGGCACAAGGCCAAGUCCGAGGAGGAGAAGAAGGCCAAGGUGGCCCCGCCCGCCAAGCAGGCCCAGCAGAAGAAGCCCCCCGCCAAGAAGGCCAACAGCACAGCCACGGCCAGCAGGCAGCCGAAGAAGGGCGGCCGGCAGGCGUCGGCCUCCUACGACUCGGAGGAGGAGGAGGAGGGCCUGCCCAUGAGCUACGACGAGAAGCGGCAGCUCAGCCUGGACAUCAACCGGCUGCCGGGCGAGAAGCUGGGCCGCGUGGUGCACAUCAUCCAGUCCCGGGAGCCCUCGCUCAGGGACUCCAACCCCGACGAGAUCGAGAUCGACUUCGAGACCCUGAAGCCCACCACUCUGCGGGAACUGGAGAGAUACGUGAAGUCCUGCUUGCAGAAGAAGCAGCGGAAGCCGCUCUCCAGCGGGAAGAAGCAGGCGGCCAAGUCCAAGGAGGAGUUAGCUCAGGAAAAGAAGAAGGAGCUGGAGAAACGUCUGCAGGACGUGAGUGGGCAGCUGAGUAGCAACAAGAAGCCAGCCAAGAAAGAGAGAUCGGGCCCCGCGCCCUCGGGAGGGCCCUCCAGGCUCAGCAGCAGCAGCUCCUCUGAGUCCGGCAGCAGCAGCUCCAGCGGAUCCAGCUCUGACAGCAGUGACUCGGAAUAGGGACAGACCUGGACUUGCCGGGAGCCGGAGCCGCCGCCUGCCACAGACUCCCUCCCGCCGUCAGCAUACCGCUUGUGCCCCACGGCGCCCCCCAUCCAGUGUCACGGUCCCUUCCCGUUUUCUGCUUCACUAGGUCGCAGGUCUGUUGUGUGCACACGAGACUGUGAGGAGGUGGGAGGCUGCACAGUCUCCUCUUCGUAACUGAGUCCGGUCGCGAGGAGGUGACGGAGGAAGCACGGCGAAGUGACCUGACCCUCCGGCGCCGCCCUCUGUGCCGGGCCUGGGCUGCGGCUCCGCAAGGGACUUGUUCCGAGGCGGUCGCUCUAAGCCGGUUCAGUCCGAGGGGCCAGCUCCGUGCAGGGGCUGAGGACGGACGCUGGGCCGAGUGGCCGGGUCACCCGAGCCUUUGGGGGUGGGGGCCGGGCGGGGCGGCGUGCGUGGAGCGGGCGCGUGGGGUGUCCGGCCCGCCCCCCCACGACGCCAGGAGCCCCGGAGGGACACAGCGGCCGCGUGCGCAGCGUGUGGGUUUCCAUACACUGAAACUUUUACCUCAACUUAAGAAAAAAAAGAAGAAAAGAAAAAAAAAAAGGAGACUUUUUUUUGUAAGGUUCAGCAAUUUUCUACGGAAGUCCAGCCCAGCGUGUCCCCCACUCAGUAGCGCUGCCGCACCCCCGGCCCAUCUCCCCGAUCUCAUGUAUAUACGAGUACUUUAUUUAUUAACACCAUUGGUCGUUUUUUUAAAAAAAGAAAAGAAAAACAAAACUGCAAAAGAAAUGCAUUAAAAGCAGCAGCAGAGACGCAGGCCUUUCCGAUGAUGCUCGGGCGGCAGCCGGUCCUGGGGCUGGGCCCACCCCGCCCGGGGGUGGCUCCGCCCCACCAGGUGCUGGACCCGCCCCGCCAGGUGCUAGCCCCGCCCCAGCGCUGGCGUGCGCCCCGCUCCUGGGCGUGGGGGCUUGUGCUUCUGUUCUUGUGUGUAAGUGUGUGUGUGAAGUUUGGAGACUUACAGGUAUAGACAACUUCCAGCUGCAGCACAUUCUAAUUUUUUAUUUUGUUUAGUUUUUUUCUUUUUUUUUAUUCUCUUGUCUCUUUAGGACUGUUUUAAAAGAAAUCAACUUAGGGAACCCCAGUUAUAUAAUAUAAACUUUGUAAUCUGAGAGGAAAAAAAAAUGUAUAGUAAAUCUAAGUCUUGAUUUUUAACUUUCUAUUGUAAAAAAAUAAUAAUAUACAGAGUUUAACAGAAAGUUAUGUUUUGGUUUUGUUUUUUUCCCAUAGGCUGCCGUGUGGCCUUUUGAGUCAGGGACGCCCCAUGGUGCCUGCCUAGGUUCAGAGCAUUGUGGCUUCGGCCAGGAAUGGGGGUUAGGCCUCCGGGGCGGCCCCCGCUGCCACACACUCUUCCAGCCGUGGCAGUGGCCUGGCUCCUCCCGCCGGGGGUGGAAGAGUCUCUGGCCCAGGAGGUGCACGCCCCCCGCAAGGCCUCACGGGGCUCCCUGCUCCCGCGUUUUCCUCUCAGCAGAGAGGACUCAAAGUCCCCAGAGGCAGGAGCUGGAGGCGGAGCUGUGAGCAGCCUGGCCCUUGGUGGCGCGUUCCUUCUGCCAGCACUCCUGGAUGGUCCGGGGACUAGUCAGCAGUGUCCUAAGAGGUGGCCAUUUUUUCAAAAUCACGAAGCCGGUUCAGAUUGCGCCAACCCUUACGGCUGUGGGGACCUCUGAUGGAUGCGGGGCUCAGGAGGAGUGGAUGGUGGAGUGCCGUUUUUCUUACUGCCGGUGAUUCUGACACGGCGAGUUUUGAGCCAGUUUGUUAAACUUUUAAUUAAGUUUCGUUUAUAAUAAAAAUAUAAAUGGAUUUUAAACUUGCCAUUUUUUAAAGUUACCCUUGUUUUUCAAAGGCGUUUUCUAACUUGGUCUUUAAUGGAAUGUUUGAACUCUGACUUUAAGGAAUCAGCACACGGCAGGUGGGCAGGCGUCGCAGCCCCCAGCGCGGGGCACCCUGAGGUGUGUGGGGGCUCCCGUGGAGCUCCCCUCCAGCUGUGGAGAGCGCGCAGGGCCUCGUGGGAGCCGAUGAGCGGGAAACAUCUGGCCCUGGGGUGUAGCACAGCGCGAGCCUCUCGGAGCAUCCCCUGCCGCCGGUUCUGUGCCGGACGGUGGGUUCUCGAAGCCCCGCCCACCUUCCUCCUGGGGCUGCUGUCCCCACGGAGCCGGCGCUUCGCUGGUGCUGAGCUCCUAAGGCUUUCUGUGCAGACCUCAAAACUGACUUCCCUCCAGUUUGGGGGUGCCUCCUGCCCUGCGAGCGCACCCUGGGUGUUGGUCGUUCCUGUCUGCGCUGGGGACACUGCAGCUGGACAGGCAGCGUGGCCGUGGUGCCGGGAGCCGUAGAGCAGCUUUUCCCCAGGGGAAAGGGACAGGGUGCCGAGCAGGUUGGCCGCGCGUGGGAAGUGGCUUUGACGGCGCUGCCGGAGGCCGUGCGGGCCGAGGGGGCGGGCCGAGUCCGGGGCGCCGCGCGCUCGUGCUGGGCAGCGUCGUCGCGCUUACAAACUGUAAGAUACGUUUGCCUUUUUCGUUUGUUUGUUUUUCGUUGUUCUGCGACAUUCACGUCUUUGACAGUCGUCCGGGGAAAAUCCACCCUCGACAAAGGAUGAGUCCCAUCCAGUGCGGCCCCGCUCGGUGACUCUGGCGUGACACUUCAGGACGUUUUCCUUUUUUAUAUCUAAAAUGUUACUUUUCUGUAUGACGUGCAUGCAAGUUUACCGUAACUUUUCUUAAAACUUUUUAGUGCCGUUUCUAGUAUAUUCCUGUAAAUGUCAGUUACUGAAAAUGAGUCCAAUGUAAGUAGUUUUAGCUUGUUUAUUGCAAUGCUGGCCUCACCACAACAGAAUAAAAUGGUAGAAAGUACUCUGA